AGCUUUCGAACAAAAUAGAUUUUUACGUGUCCUUUAAAAAGUUAUAGAAUUUUCACCUUGUUUGGUUCAGUUUCGCAGUGAAAUCCAGUGAAUUAGCAACGUUAUUGUGUCGUUUUCGAGGGGGCAGUAAAUUUGCGCAUCGAAUCACGAUGGGCAACCAGCUGGUUGGUGUAGCCCCGUCGCAGAUUUUUCCCGUCGAACACUAUCUCACGGGAUCGUUCGAGUCGGAUUUGCAGUAUGAAUCAGGAAUGGGGAGCACCCGGUUCCUUAAAGUGGCCCGAGCCAAAAGCGACGAAGGGCUGGUUGUGGUGAAAGUUUUCGUCAAACAUGAUCCGUCGCUGCCGCUGGAGCAGCACGUCGACAAGAUUGAAUACAUCAAGAAGAGCCUGGCAAAUGCGGUAAACUGUUUGCCGUUUCAGCGAGUUUUAACAACAGACCGAGCUUGCCUCAUCAUAAGAGAAUACGUGAAGCACAGCUUGUACGACAGAGUCUCGACGCGUCCAUUUCUAACGUUGAUCGAGAAGAAAUGGAUUACCUUCCAAAUCCUGUGCGCCAUGCAUCAAUGCCACAAGCAGAAGAUCUGCCACGGGGACAUCAAGCUGGAGAACAUAAUGAUCACGUCGUGGAACUGGAUCUUACUGUCGGAUUUUGCUUCCUUCAAACCGACGUACCUGCCGGAGGACAAUCCGGCCGAUUACAGCUUCUUCUUCGAUACCAGCAGACGGCGAACGUGCUACAUUGCUCCGGAGCGCUUCGUCAAAUCGGCCAGCGGGGAAUCGAAACCGGACGGCCCACUGGUGGGCGACGGCCCCUGCUAUACCGGGAAUCUCCAGCCGGAAAUGGACAUAUUCUCGGCUGGAUGUGCGCUGCUCGAACUUUGGACCGAGGGAGCUGCGCCGUUUGAGUUCUCGCAGCUUUUGGCUUACCGUCGCGGAGAAGUGGAAAUGGUCAACAAACAUCUGGAAUGUAUCGAAAACGAUCGGCUCAAAGCCCUGCUUCAGUCGAUGCUGAGCUUAAAUUCGAAAGAUCGCAAAUCGGCGGAAAUCUAUUUGGACCAGGAGAGGGGGAAAUUGUUCCCGGAGUAUUUUUACUCGUUUUUGCAGUCGUACCUGCAAAUGUUUUCAACGAUCCCGAUCGUGCCGGCCGAUGAGAAGAUAACGCGGCUAUAUUCGGAUAUCGAGCAGAUCAUCAAGAUCGUUACCGGGCGGGAUGAGCACGAAGGCGUGGAUGACGUUGAUUGCGGAAAUGAGGAUCAGGAUUGCUCCAAGGCGCAAUCGGACAACGAUGGGCUGAUCUUGAUAACAGCGGUGGUUACUUCCUGCAUUCGAGGUCUCAAGUUUUGUGAAUCCAAACUUGCCACUCUGGAAAUCCUCCAGAAGCUUGCAGAAAACACCACAUCCGAAACCAUUCUAGAUCGUAUCCUACCGUAUAUCCUUCACCUAGCCCAGGACGCCAAACCCCGAGUGCGGGUCAGCUCCCUGGACACUCUGACCGUUUGUCUUAGCAUGGUGAAGAACCUUUCGAGGAGCGAUGCCAACGUGUUCCCGGAUUACAUCCUCCCGGCAAUUGCACCGCUGGCAACCGACAGUUCCACCAUGGUACGGGUAGCUUACGCCAAGAACAUAGCGUCCCUGGCGGAGACUGCCGUCGGAUUCCUCGAGCAGUCCCAGUUUAGCUGCAGUUCCGAAAACCAUCCGGCGCCGCACUACGAAACCGAGCUCAGUGCCCUGCAUGAAAUGCUUCAUCAAUCGGUUCUGUCGCUGCUGACCGAUCCGCAGCCCAUCGUCAAGCAGAUGCUCAUGGAAUCGGGCAUCACCAAACUUUGCGUAUUUUUCGGCCGGCAGAAGGCGAACGACGUCAUUCUGUCGCACAUGAUCACAUUCCUGAACGACAAGGAGGACAAAAGUCUGCGGGGGUCCUUCUUCGACUGCAUCAUCGGAGUGGCCGCCUUCGUCGGGUGGCACUGUUCGCCGAUGUUGAUUCCUCUGCUGCAGCAAGGGCUCACCGAUCCGGAGGAGUUUGUCAUAGCCAAAGCGAUCCGGGCGACCACUUCGUUGAUUGAGCUGGGUCUCAUCCAGAAAUCCGGAAUCAUCGAGUUCAUAGCCGAGUGCGCAUGCUAUCUAAAUCAUCCGAAUCUCUGGAUUCGGCACGAAAUUGUCGGUCUGAUUUCGACCGCAGCCAGAGUGCUGAACGCGUUGGAUGUCCAGUGUAAGAUCAUGCCGUCGAUAGCGAAUCACCUGAAGAGUCCGCUGAUACAAGUGGAAAAGCCGGAACUGUUGAUGGACAGUUUGCUAGCGCCGAUUCCCAGGAGUAUCUACGAUGCGGUGGUUAAGUGUCACGAUAUCAACCAGCUGAUUGAAGUGCUUCGGGAGCGACGGCAGGCCCGGAGUAGAUGUGGCGAUGGAUUCAUUCCGCAGUACGGGGAGAUGACCACGCAGAUGAAAAAUCUAUUCCGGCGCCUUUCGACCGAGGGCCUCACCGAUCUGAUAGAGUCCCAACUGCUCUCGAUGAGUGCACAUCUUAUCAAACUCCAUCGCUAUAAGCUGGCCGACACUCGUUUGCCACACAACAACGGACGGAUAUCGCUCGAUUUCAAGCCGGAUUUGGUACGAGAAGUGCAACUCUGCGAUCGCACCAAAUCGGAUCCGGCUUCGAAGCACAAACAGCAUCGCAAAAGCGAAUCGGACGUUACCCAAGAGUGGCAGCACAUGUUCACGGCCAUCGAUUCACAUUCCCCAUCGCCAACGUCGCCGUCUAAUGACUCGGUCACGUCGGUUCUGACGGUGACCAACUUGGCUCCGCCAACUCAACCGACGCCUACGUCGAGUCUGGUGGAAUACAGUAUGCCGGAGCGAACCGCUAUGCAAGAGCGAUCCGCCGAAUGUCGAGUGGAGUUUGAAGGUCUUGUGACUAAGAUGAAAACAAGGUAUGCAUCGUUCGCGCUCAACAGAGAUCUACGAGACCCAGCGACGAAUGCUCAUCCGCUGCAUUCCGGAUGGAAGAUGAACGGAACAAUCGUCGCCCAUUUGCAUGAGCACAAGGCGGCUGUAAGCCGAAUGACCACGCUGAAGCCGUAUGGAUCGCUUUUCGCGACUGCUUCGAUUGAUUCCACGGUGCGCCUUUGGGAUUGCAACAAACUCGAUGGGCAACAGUCGAUCAACCGAUCCAGGCAGUCUUACCACGCAAAUACUCCACUGCAUGCCAUCGCAGCAUGCGACGCCGGUCAAUCGUUAGCAAUCGCUGGCAAAGAUGGCGCUUUGCUAUUGCUGAAGAUCGACACCAACUCGAGCAAGAUGGCUCUCCAGCAGGCGCGACAUCUCGAUUCGAACACUCGAGUUGAUCGAGUUGGCGGAGAACCGCAAGAUGACGGUCCUGUGGUCGAGAUGCAGCCUCUGGAUCAGGGGGCCCAAAGUGUGAUAGUCUAUGCUACCUUAUAUGGAGCACUGGUGGGAUGGGACAUCCGCAUGCCGGGUUAUGCAUGGCGGCUAGAAAGCGAUCUCAGAAAAGGCGUAAUAACCACUUUUUGCAUAGAUCCUACCAGCUCAUGGCUAACGGUCGGGACGAGUAGUGGCAGGCACAUUUGCUGGGACUUACGUUUCCGACUGCCGAUAGCGGAGAUCAAACAUCCUCACGAUUCCAGAAUACGACGCGUUUCGCAUCACCCUACGGAGCCGUCGUGGCUAGUGUCGGCCUCCCAAGGGAACAACGAAGUCUACGUGUGGAACAUCGAAACCGGUCAUCGGCAGCAAGCUUUCUGGGCAAGUCCCAAUCCGCCGCUUUCGAACGCUAACGUAUCGUCACAUUCCGUGUGUGCUCUGUUGCCCGGCGUAGUCGAUGGCAAUGGGUUUCUGCUUACCGGAGGAACUGAUCAACGGAUUCGGUAUUGGGAUCCGAUUAACGUCGACAAUUGUUCCUUGGUUGUUCCUGCGCCUAGGGAUUACCUUUCUACGUCUAACAUUUCAUACGAAUCUCGUUUGAUCGACGGAACGCGAGUAAUUUCCGAGAUUCACUACAACAGCGGCGGCGGCGGUGGAGGCGGAGGAACCGGAGUACCGGAUCGUAGCACGCGAGCGGGCUCGGAGGAUGCACCACGUUCGGGACCGGAAAUGCCCGCCCCAGGACAUCACGACGUGAUCAGCGAUAUGCUGAUGUGUCGCACGUCGAAGCAGACGUUCAUCGUUUCCAGUAGCCGUGAUGGCGUGGUCAAAUUGUGGAAGUAAGUGAUAUAUAUAUAUAACUUUAAAUUAAAAUAUUCGAACGCUACGAGAUUGACGUAAUAUAAUUAUCGCAUUCUUAAAAUUAUCUCAAAUCGA